UGUAGAAUGUAGAUAUUUUUGGCGCUCGAUAAUUUAUGCACAGUGUACGCGUCAGUGUUCGUAAAGAAAGGAAGUUCCCCUGCUAAAUUUAAUCAUGCCUGGUGGUAAAGCUGGUAAAGAUUCCGGAAAGGCCAAGGCCAAAGCCGUGUCAAGGUCUGCCCGCGCUGGACUUCAGUUCCCAGUUGGACGUAUUCACAGACAUUUGAAGAACAGGACGACCAGCCAUGGUCGAGUGGGAGCUACAGCAGCUGUUUAUAGUGCAGCCAUCCUUGAAUACCUGACUGCUGAGGUGUUGGAAUUGGCAGGCAAUGCAUCCAAGGAUCUCAAAGUGAAGAGAAUAACCCCUCGUCACUUGCAGUUGGCCAUCAGAGGAGACGAAGAGUUGGAUUCCCUCAUCAAGGCUACCAUCGCUGGUGGUGGUGUCAUUCCUCAUAUCCACAAGUCUCUCAUCGGAAAGAAGGGAACACAGAAACCAUAGACAAUCAUGCAUCACACAGCUACGAUUGGAUUAAACGCUUGGACAUAAGCAUCAGUGUUUUCAUUUAUUGUGAAAAUGUAGUGUACGUUGUCCUGUAGUUAUCAUUCUUCAUCUAUUCACCAGCAAUUUUUAACCUGAAUUGUCUUGUCUAUAAACAUUUUUAACAUCAUAACUCAUCAUUUUCAUCUUUUUAUCUUACAUGUAUAAAUAAACAUGGUUGUAA